AUGUUUCCGCUGAAAAUUGUAUUCCUCACAUUGUUGCUCCUAAUUGAUUUGGUUCUAACCCGAAAUCACGACUACACACCGUGUACAACGAAACGUAACUGCGCUCCCGACGAAUAUUGUAGCGGAAAGCGGAUGAAUGGAAAAAUGAGACGUGUUUGUAUCAAACAGGUUUUGGUGGAAGCUAGAAGAGCGUGCACAAAGAAUAGCCAGUGCACAAAACCGGAAAAGUGUUUGGGGCAACGCCUGCGUGCUGUGAAUAUGCGAUUUUGCGGGAUUCCGAUGGACUGA